UGUGGGCACGUGCGUGUGCAAGAGCGGCUCUGUGAGCACGUGCGUGUGCAAGAGCUGCUUUAUGGGAAUGUGUGUGUGCAAGAACUGCUGUAUGAGCAUGUGCGUGUGCAAGAGGUGCUUUAUGGGCACACAGGUGUGCAAGAGCUGCUUUACGGGAAUGUGUGUGUGCAAGAACUGCUGUAUGAGCAUGUGCAUGUGCAAGAGGUGCUGUAUGGGCACACAGGUGUGCAAGAGCGGCUCUGUGGGCACGUGCGUGUGCAAGAGCUGCUUUAUGGGCACGUGCGUGUGCAAGAGCAGCUCUGUGGGCCCGUGAGUGUGCAAGAGCUGCUUUACGGGAAUGUGUGUGUAAGAACUGCUGUAUGAGCAUAUGCGUGUGCAAGAGGUGCUUUAUGGGCACGUGCGUGUGCAAGAACUGCUGUAUGAGCAUGUGCGUGUGCAAGAGGUGCUGUAUGGGCCCGUGCGUGUGCAAGAGCUGCUUUACAGGAAUGUGCGUGUGCAAGAACUGCUGUAUGAGCAUGUGCGUGUGCAAGAGCGGCUCUGUGGGCACGUGCAUGUGCAAGAGCGGCUUUAUGGGCACGUGCGUGUGCAAGAGGUGCUCUGUGAGCACGUGCGUGUGUAAGAGCGGCUCUGUGGGCACGUGCGUGUGCAAGAGCUCCUUUACGGGAAUGUGUGUGUGCAAGAACUGCUGUAUGAGCAUGUGCGUGUGCAAGAGUGGCUCUGUGGGCCCGUGCGUGUGCAAGAGCUGCUUUGUGGGCACGUGCAUGUGCAAGAGGUGCUGUAUGGGCACAUGUGUGUGUAAGAGCGGCUCUAUGGGCACACAGGUGUGCAAGAGGUGCUUUAUUGGCACGUGCGUGUGCAAGAACGGCUUUAUGGGCACGUGCAUAUGCAAGAGGUGUUUUAUGGGCAUGUGUGUGUGCAAGAGGUGCUUUAUGGGCACGUGCGUGUGCAAGAGUGGCUCUAUGGGCAUGUGUGUGCAGGAACUGCUCUGUGGGCACACAGGUGUGCAAGAAGUGCUUUGUGGGCACGUGAGUGUGCAAGAGCUGCUCUGGGCACACAGGUGUGUAAGAGCUGCUCUGUGAGUUUGUACAGCGUGUGUGAGGCAGGGCAGGGACACACACGGGCAGGAGCUGCCACACAGGGGCACAUGCGUGUGCAAGAGCUGCACCCUGGGCAGUAACACACAAGCAGGGACUCCUCUGUGUUCACAGACACACACACACGUGGACGGGGCUUCCACAAACUUGUGCACACGCACGUGCAAGAGCUGCUCAGUCUGUGUGGGUAUGCGUGUGGGUAAGAUCUGGACACAGGUGUGUGUGAGUGUGACUCUGGGUGUGACUGGGUGUGUGUGGGUGUGUGUAAGAGCUGCCUGGGGGACAGAGAAGUGUAAGUGUGCAAAAGUCACACAAAGUGUGCACGGACACACGAGUGAUGAGGGGCUGCCACAAACACACACGUGUGUGUGCAGGAGCUGUGUCCUGGGCAGGAACACGUGUGUGCAAGCCACCUGCUAGACCACAGGUACGUGUGUGUGCAAGAGCUGCCCUGUGUGCUCAUCACAUGUGUGUGCAAGAGCUGCUCUGAGGGCAGGGAGCCCCACCUGAGCAGGAGCAGCCUCACACACGGCCACAGGUGUGCAAGAGCUGCUCUGUGUGUGCAGGAGCACACGUGAGCGUGAGCUGUCACACACUUGGGCACACAAGUGUGCAAGAGCUGCCUGGUGGACAGGGAUGUGAAUGUGUGCAGGGGCUGCUCUGUGGGCAGGGACACGUGUGAAAAGGGGUGGCCGUGCACACGGACACACGCGUGUGCAACGCUUACACUCAGUGCCUGGUGGGCAGGGACACACCUGGCCAGCAGCUGCCACCAACACGGGCACACGCGUGUGCAUGAGCCGCUCGUGGCCACAGACAGGAGCUGCGUGGUGGCCCCGGGCACACGCGUGUGUGAGAGCUGUCCCGUGUGCACGGGCCCCGCGUGCCCAGCCGAUACCGGUACCGGUACCGAUGGAUGCUGCUGGAGCCGGCUGCGGGGGGCAACCGGUGCCGCCGGUGCCGGUACUGGGGCGGUGCCGGGCUGGGUGGGGUUUAGCGGGGAGCCGGAUUGGGCCGGAGCUGCCGGUGCCAGGGGCGGUGCCGAUGGAUGCCAGAAGCGUUGGUCGGUGCCGGUGCCAGGGAUGCUGUUGCCGGGGAUGCAGAUCCACUGCCCGGGCACUGCUGGUCCCGGUGCCGGUACAUAUUCACAGUACCGCGUCCGUGUCGGACUGGGAGAGGUACCGAGGAGUUGCCAGGGAUACCGGUCCCGGUGGAUGUUGGCGGUACCAGGGGGUGCCGGACCGGGGCGUGGCUGCUGGUGCCGGUCCCGGUGCCGCUGGAUACCGGCGGUACCGGCCGGUGGCGCCUUACCGGUCUCGGUGCCGGUGCCGGUGCCGGUGGGUGCCGGUGCCGCCCGCCAAGGGUUAAUGGCAGUCGGUGAAGUUGCCGGGCGGCGGCGCGGCGGGAUUGGCCCGAAGUUGUCGGGGCGGGCCGGGCCGUGCCGAGCCCCGCCGGGCCGCCCCGCCCGCGGCCCCCCGCCGCCCCCCGCCGCCGGCGGAGCCAUGCGCCCCGCGCCGCUGCUCGGGCUCCUGCUCUGGGCGCCGCUGCUCUGGGCGCCGCCGGUGCGCGGCUUCCGCCACGGCGUCCACUGGAACGGCAGCAACCCCAGGUUCCUGCGGGACGACUACUCCAUCCAGGUGGCCAUCAAUGACUACCUGGACAUCUACUGCCCGCACUACGAGGGGGCGGUGCCCAGCGGCCGGGCAGAGACCUUCACACUCUUCAUGGUGGACCGGGAGGGCUACCGCGGAUGCUACGAGACCCCCGGCGCCUUCAAGCGCUGGGAGUGCAACCGGCCCCAGGCGCCUUUCGGGCCCGUCCGCUUCUCGGAGAAGAUCCAGCGUUUCACCCCCUUCUCACUCGGCUUCGAGUUCCAGCCGGGGGAGACCUACUACUACAUCUCCGUCCCCAGCCCCGAGAGCGCCGGGCGAUGCCUGAAGCUGCGCGUCACCGUCUGCUGCCGAGGCACCACGCCGGAGCCGCUGACAGAGGUGCCCAAUUCGCAGCCCCGAGGGCGCGGGGGCCCCGAGGAUGUGGUGCCUGCCCGGGGCACCGCGGUCCCAUCGCAGCCCUGCAACCCGUGCCUGGCUCUCGUGCUCCUGGCCCUGCUCUGGAUGUGACCCCGGCGCUGCCCGUGGCGGGGGGAUGGGCUCCUCUGCCCCAACGCCGCUUCCAGACUCUUCCUCACAGCCAACCCCCCAAGCCCGUGGGGCAGCCCCAGGCCAUGACCCGCCUGCUGGACCUCCGCAAAGCCGAGCUGGGGCCGGGAGCUCCGGGCUGGAAGGGACAUCGCUUGCCGCACAUCGGGAUCGCCACGAGUCAGCAUCGCCGCGCGCUGGGAUUGCCACACCCUGGCACUGCCCCAGCUGCCACCUGCCCCGGUGCUGGGGUCCCCUCAGUGAACGCCUGCUCCGCCCCAUGGCCACCUCAUCUCGUGCCUUUCCCCACGGAUCCCCGCCCCUGGGGCCCAGGGACCCCCAACCCCGGAAUGGGGCAGUAGCUCCGAUGGCGGCAUCCGCCGCUGCCGUGUCCUCCUCCAGCGAGGACACACUGAUCUGUCUUCUGGGAAGACGCCUUCCUUCGUGCCCUCGGUUUGGUUUUAACCCCUGGUAGUGACUGAGCAAUACAGUAUUUGCAAGAUCGCUGUGCCCUGGGUGUGCGGCCCCCUCGCCGUCCCCCUGCCCGUGCCCCCCAUCCC